CCCUUUUUGCCUCUCUUUUUUUUUGAUAUCCUGCCAGGAUACCCUAAUAAGAAUGUCUCUCUCGUUCAGUCCGGCUGGGGCGUUGCAGUGCAGUGGGCCGCAACCCGUCCAAGCCCAACUUGGGGAUCUCCGUAUUAUAUGUGGACUGGCUUAAAAAUUGGAUCUAUUCUGAUUGCGCACUGUUCGGGCAUGAAUGCGGCCUUUCUCUAUAGUUAUUAUAUUCCCGCAGUCCCCCCUCCCCUCCCCCCUUCUCAACAACGAAUGCAAUUCGCUCUCUCAUCUUUAUCGUCUCGCUUGUACUCUGGUCCUUGAAACCCCAUGGUACCUUUCACAUGGCUGGGGCUGGCCCUCCUGCUGUGUCUAGUCCCGUUGACCACCUCGGUUGACUCCAAUAUCGUCUCGGAUACAGAGGCAUAUCCGCUCCCCAAUCAAGGCAACAUCAUCACGCAUGAUCCGAGCAUCAUCCAGGUCAAUGGAUACUACUAUCUUUUCAUGGGGGGCGUCCACAUCCCCGUCCACAAAGCCGCCAACCUCGACGGGCCAUGGGAGUACAUUGGCACUGUCCUCGCCGGACCCAGCGAGAUCGACAAGGUCAACCGCACGCGCCCCUGGGCUCCCAUGACGAUUGAAUGGAACAACCGGUUCUACUGCUUCUACUGCAUCAGCGACACCGGGCGUCGCGACAGUGCCAUUGGCGUUGCCACGUCCGAUUCCAUCGCAGGGACCUGGACGGACCACGGCGUCCUGAUCAAUACCGGCGAGGGCGAUCUCGCACACAUCUACCCGUACAACGUCAGCAACGCGAUCGAUCCGGCCUUCUUCGCCGACCCGCUCACGGGGACCCCCUACCUCCAGUACGGCAGCUUCUGGGACGGCAUCUUCCAGCUCCGCCUGGAUCCCACCACCCUCACCAUCGACCACCCGGCGCACCCCGAUUCAACCCACCUCAUCUACGUCCCCGAACCGCGCAAGCCCGAGGAAGGCUCCUUUAUGAGCUACAAAGCCCCCUAUUACUACCUGUGGUUCAGCCACGGGAAAUGCUGCCAGUUUUCGCGUGGCUUCCCGCCCAUGGGUGCCGAGUAUAGCAUUCGGGUGGGCAGGUCGACCAGCGUGCAUGGCCCGUUCACCGAUAAGCAAGGCACAGACCUGCUCGGUGGCGGCGGCACUGUUGUAUACGGAUCAAAUCACGGCGUGGUCUACGCGCCGGGCGGCGUCGGGGUCCUGACGGGCUCCGGGGGGGAAUCUGAUGUGCUGUACUAUCAUUAUCGUAUGUAUCUCCUCGCUACGCUCCCUAGGUAGUACGUUAGUAGUACCCUUCUGGAGG